AUGCGAAUUACAUUCGUUAUUGUUUUAUUAUGCCUUCUGGGAACUCUUGCGAUUGCUCAAAGUCCAUCGCCAAGGAAGAACGGUUAGUUAUCAAAAUAAAAUUGGCUAACAGGGGAAGUACCCCAAGUGUGACGCAUAGAUUUUGAUGGAACUUGCCACAAAUUUAGAAUAAUUUUUUCUAGGACAUAUGCGAGAAUCCUAGCUGCGCUUUGCAGAAACAACCGAGAUUUUUAGAUCGAAAGAGAUUUGAGAUCUUUUGCCGAAUUUUGGCACGAAAAGUUUCAAACCUAUUUCUACCGUAAUGGGAAAUGUUUCGACAAAAAAUCAAUUUUUUCCGCGCGAAACUAGCAAACUUAUGGCCAAAAAGUGUUUUCGUCUCUAACCGCUCUCCGCGUUUAGCAGAAUCUCUCGGAGGCAAAUAGAGUUCAAUAUCUCGGUGGUGCUUGCAUAGCGCGAGCUAAAACUUUCAAAAAUUGAUAUUUAGUCUGCUCCCGACGUGUGUGCAAAAUUAUUAUAAAAAAAUUGCGUCGCACUUGGGGUACUUCCCCUGUAAGCUGUAAUUUACGACUUUCCUGUUUCAAAUUCUUUCUAUUGUUUUCGGUUCGUACCUUGCACUCUUUAGUUCUCAAAUCCCAGGAGAUGGCCGCUUAUAAGUGCCAGGAUGCCAAAUGUUAUCAGUGGUGUCGUCAAAAUGGGGCCAGAUACGGAAAUUGCCGGACUCAACGCUACAUGGAUUGUCAGUGCUUCUACCGUUCCGAUCAUAAAUAA